UUAGAACGCCGAGAAAACGAAACUCGAGUAAGAACGGCGGUGUCCAAUGCCAAAACAGUAACAAAUAAAAUUACUUUUGUAUGGUGUUCUCUUUACACAAAAGGAAAAAUGGUGCGGCUUACAGCGCAACUGAUCAACAUGUCUGCCCAGAAGCACAAUCCUGUUAGGGAUUGGGAGUUAGAUCUGAGAGGGUACAGGAUACCAGUGAUUGAAAACUUGGGCGCUACUCUGGACCAGUUUGACACCAUUGAUUUCACAGACAACGAUGUCAGAAAGCUAGACAAAUUUCCAUUGCUGAAACGUUUGAAACACAUCUUACUUAGCAACAACAGAAUUGUUCGAAUCUCGGAAGAUCUUCAAGAAAAUCUGCCCAGCCUGGAGACCUUAAUUUUGACGAAUAAUGGUCUGAAGGAAUUGGCAGAUUUAGAUCCUCUCAGCACAAUAACAACGCUCAAGUAUUUGAGUUUAAUGGGGAACCCAGUCACUACACGAAAGAAUUACAGAUUGUACGUCAUUCACAAGGUCCCAACCUUAAGAGUGUUAGACUUCACCAGGGUGAAGUUAAAGGAAAGAGAAGCAGCAGCCAAAAUUUACAAGAAGAAGAAAGUCCAGCAGCAGCCGCAGCAGCAACCACAAGCAGCACAUGUUCAGAACGGUGAUGAAGGGGCCAAAACUUUCACUCCAGGAGAAAAUCUACAGACACAACGAGUUGCAACCACUGGUCCAACGAAGCAGGAAGCAGCUGCAAUCAGGAAAGCUAUUUUGGGUGCAAAAUCUUUGGAGGAGUAUGAGAAAAUUCAUCAAAUGCUGCAGUCAGGACAGAUUCCAGGGCAGGGUGAUGCUCCAAGUAAAUCAACGGGGGCAAAAGAGCCAAAAGAGAGUGCAGAGGAAGAAGAGGAGGAGGAGGAAGAAGAAGAAGAAGAAGAAGGAAAUCAGGCCGAAGAGGAAGAAGAAAUGGAGCCAGAAGGAGGGGACGAAGAUGAAGAUGAAGGCAAUCAGGCAUCUGGUUAUCAGGAAGAAGAUAAUGAUGAUGAUGAUGACAAUGAUGACAAUGAUGAUAUGGAAGAGGACUAGUAAUUUUUGUAAUGAGUAAAAAAAAAAGUGUCAUCUCUUAGAAAUGAAACGUAAAAAAUUUCAUUCGUGUCUUGAGAACAAAUGAUUGUUUUUUAAAGUGAUUUUGGUUUUCCCAUUUCAAUUAAUAGUGCUCUCACUGAAUCUGAUGGCUUUUAAGUUCAUGGUUAAGAUUAAUGCAAUAUCUUCAUGGUUUCAUUUUAUACAAUUUAUCGAACAGUCUGACUUUGACUUGGUAAGUAUUCAAGACUGUAGACAUAAGCGACGCACUGUCGUUCUGAUUUUACACUUAAGUCACAGACAAUCUUAUUUUGUUUUUCAGUGUGGGACUGCAGUAAUCGGCUCUAAUGCGAGACCUCUCAACUUUGCUAUUGAGGCCAUGUAUCAGUUUGUUUAUUUGUGCUGAUAAGUUCAGGUACUUCAUUCGAAGGUUCAGAUGCUACACUGUAAGGCAUAAAUUUUGCCUAGCAUUUUGAAUAAUGCUUUUCAUAAGCUCGGAUACUACACACAAGAAUGAGGGUACUGCACAUUUGGUCUUUAGUCAUGUUCUGGUUUAGGGCCCGAUACUACACUUUUGGUCCACGGAAAAGAAGCGAUUUUUUUGGUUUGGCUGUAAGAACAGAUACAGUCACCAAAAUUUUUUCUGUUGAAACAUUCAGUGUCAUUUUGUUACCAUUUUAAUGGCACAAAACUGGGGGAAAAAAUCAAUUGUUGUAAAUACAUUUUCUAUGUAUGUUCACGAGAAGCAGAUGGUGUGUCAAUUAGGAAGGGAGUGAAUGUGUUUCAUUGUAAAGUGCCAAAUUAGGUUGUGUGAAUUCAGGGUUUACUGCUCAUCUAAAGGAAAAUUUCUCCCUGGACAAAUAGUAGUAGGCCUACCUCUCUUUUAGAUUUAUUGAAAACAUGUUUUUUUUUAGCAUGGUACCCUUUUACUUUUAAGAAAUCGGACUCACAGGUUUUCAUCAUCAUUUCUUGCAGACAGAUAUAUUUUAAGUGGGAGGCACCCAAGAGUGAGGGAGGUACUUGCAUGUUUUAUUUUGUUUAUUAAAAGUAAAGUUGUAAACCUGACACGUCCUAAUUUGGUGCUUGAUUUUAUUUUUUUUAACUUUGAAUGUGACUUCUUGUGACGAAGUCCUCUUGAUUGAGGAUUCUGUUGUUGCUUUUAAUAAUAAAUUGUUCACAACUACAA